AGAUCACAUGAGUGCAAAGUGCUCUCUCGCGCUCUGCCUCCCUCCUCUCUCGCUCGCAGUCUGCGAGCAAUUGAGUCCAAGCGAGGAGCGGCGAGUUCCCUGCCUUGAGCAGCCAAAUCUUGGCGAGACAAUCCCGGCCGGAGGGGGAAAGCGAGAGCGCACGGGGCGGCGAGGCAGGAGAGGAGCCCCCAGAUCCAGCCCGAAAGAGACGGGUCGGCCCCGCGCUCCCAGGCAGCCAAGCCCCCAGCCCGUCCCUCCGACCCGAAGGCAGCUUGGCCGGCAACUCCACGCUAGCUGUGUCCACAGGGUAGCUUGCCCUGCCUAGCCGUUACCACCUGACUGUGUUCUGAAGACAUCACAACCGAAGCGAGUAUUAAGGAAGAUAAGAAUGCAGCAGCAACAACAACAGCGCCGAAUGUUCACAGCCGCCCUCUUGGCGUUCAUUUUCAUUCUGGCAGCCAUGAGUACUACUGAGGCUGGCAAAAAAGAAAAACCAGAGAAGAAAGUGAAGAAGUCCGACUGUGGCGAGUGGCAGUGGAGCGUGUGUGUACCCACCAGUGGAGAUUGUGGCCUAGGGACCCGCGAGGGCACUCGCACUGGAGCUGAGUGUAAGCAAACUAUGAAGACCCAAAGGUGUAAGAUCCCCUGCAACUGGAAGAAGCAGUUUGGAGCGGAGUGUAAAUACCAGUUCCAGGCCUGGGGAGAAUGCGACCUGAAUACUGCCUUGAAGACUCGAACUGGGAACCUGAAGAGAGCCCUUCACAAUGCUGACUGCCAGAAAAUUGUCACCAUCUCAAAGCCCUGUGGGAAGCUUACCAAACCUAAACCUCAAGAACCCAAGAAGAAGAAAAAGGAAGGCAAGAAACAGGAGAAGAUGCUGGAUUAAUAGAAGCCAUGCUGGGCAGCAGGAGAAAGGGACAUCAGCAAACGUGAUCAGUUAACAGUUUCAUUUACAUCUAGGCAAUUUACCCUAAAAUUAUUUAUAGCUUAAUUGUACAAUAGGAGGAAAAACGCACACACACACACACACACACACACACUACCUUUUUUUAAAUGUUACUCUAGUAUUUUUUAAUGUAUAACCCUAACAACAUUUUAGAGGCCUGCAAUAAAGAACUGUAAUUUCAUUCAGAAAAUUAUUUCUACGGUAUAUUGAACAAUGUAGAGUAUUUUAAGGUAUUUUUCCCCUCAAGUCUUAUUUUAGAUGUCAAUCUGGAUAAGUUACUCCAUGCAGGCAGAACCGUGAGCCUGUGGAAGUCAGUGGGGCAGUGUGUGGGAGCAGGAGUCUGCCCACAUGCAGUAACGUGUAAGAUUCAGGCCUUGGGUCUGAAACAAACAGGACUUUUUUGGGGGUGGGGUGGGGAGGGGAAGUCUUGUCACAACUAGAGAAUUGUGUGGAAACUGUCUGGGAUGGGUGGGAAGGUUUAGUAUUUGCUGGCAAAAAGUAAGAGGGGGUGGGACAGUAAGUAUUCAGUUCAAAAUACUACUGUUUAAAAUCUCAUUGUUUCUACCACUGGCACUUUAUUGGCAACAAGAAUGGUGAAAUCCUCUCUAGAAAGCUGGGGUAGGCAAAGUCCUCAAUUUUCACAGUGUGGCACUUGGCUGAAAAAGUGCUUGUCAUCGUGAAAUAGGGUGACCAGAUGUCCCGAUUUUAUAGGGACAGUCCAGAUAUUUGGGGCUUUUUCUUACAUAGGUGCCUAUUACCCCCCACCCUCUGUCCCAAUUUUUCACACUUGCUAUGUGGUCACCCUAUCGUGAAACAACAUCAAAACUCUCCUUUUGUUUUCAUGAAAAAUUCAAAGUAACAGAGAAAAAUGUUUCCCUCUCUUUACCUGAAAUCCUGCAAAAAUACCUUCAACCCUCUCUUCCCCAGCAGGGGAAUAUCCUUUUCAUGCAGUCUUGUUGGAAGCAUUGGGUUUUUGCCUUACCCAUCUCCCAGUGGUGUCAGUGCGAGCCUUCCUAUUGAUUUUAAUUGGAACUGGUUGAGAAAUAGUAUUUUCAGCAGAAAAAAUUGAAAUACAUGAUUUUUUUUAAAUGGUCAUGGAAUUUUUCAGGUUUUUCCAGAAAACAAAAAUGGAAAAAAAUUGUUUUUUUGAAACAAAAAACAUUUUUUUUCAUUCACCCGCUUCCUCUCCCCUUUUCUUUUAUCCCAUUAGAAAAAAGGGAAAGUGAAAACCAAGAAAGGUUUUGUUUUUUGUUAAAACUUGGAAAAUUUCAAUCAAAAUAAAUUUUUUCUGUGAAAAAUUUCAUUUAAAAAGUAUUUUGUGGAGGGAAAAUGUUGAUUGAAAAAAAAAUUGACCAGCCCUAAUUUUAAUAGAUAUUGGAUCUGUCCUUUUCUUGAGGGUACAGGAGGGCUGAUCAUUUCUUAUUUUAGCCCACUAUUUCAAUUGACUGUGAGGCUCAGGGAAAAGGCAUCUGUUAUAUGAGUGAAAGUGCUACCCAGCUGGCUCCUGGAAAGUCCCAUAACAGGGCUACACUGGGGAGAAGCCUGGUUUUUCAGUCAAGACAACAUUUAGGAGUUUAAGGAAUUUCAGUGCCCAAAUGCCACUCGAUUUGCAUUUGAAAAUCCCAACCUUCUAGUACAAGGGAUAGGAUUUGGCUGCAUAGGAAAGCAGGAAUUUUUGCAGGGAAGUCCUAUGGCCUGUGUUACGCAGGUCAGACUAGAUUAUCACAAUGGUCCCCUUUCAACUUAAAAUAUAUGAAUCAAUGAGAACCUGCCGACAUUAGUGGUUUUGCACUUGGUGUAGGGGGAGUCCAUCUGAACAGAUCACGCUACAGGAUUGGGGCAUGGCUUGUAGAAAUGGUGGAGCUUCCUUUCCUCACACUAACACACUAAAAUCCCACCACCACCGUAUCAAAUAAACUCCAGGCACAUACUCUUUGUGCUCUCCCUGGUUCUGGAAUGGAAAGGAUGCUUUAGGCUAUGUCUUGCAAGGCAGAAGUUCUCAAACUGCUCUCCGGAGCUCUCCUUCACCCCCUGCAUCCUGUAACAGUGUGAGACACAAGCAGUUGCUGGAAAGGAAGGUGGUUCCAGGAGGGAAGAGUUUCUUUCACUCAAAGGCUUGCCAACACACAGACGUGCACAGCUUACUAAGGCUUGGUUUACACUUAACACUUAUGCAAGCAUAAGUAUGUUGGCCAGGAGUGUGAAAAACACAUACUCCUGGUUGGACAUAGCUAUGCCUACCACACCCCCAGUAUAGAUGCAGCUAUGCCAACACAAGAGUGCUUCUGUGAGCAUAGCUACUGUUAUAUGGGGAGGUAGGGUUCUUAUGUCGAUGGAGUUCUCUUGGUCUACAAUGGGGGGGCUAUGCCCAUGUAGCUAUGUUGGCAUAGGCUUUGUAGUGGAGACAUAGCCGAAAGAUGUGAUGUUGCCCCAAUGUAGUGAAACUGGUGCAGCUUUGCAUGUGGACGCUCUUAAAACAUUGUAAACCUGGCUUACCUUGGUGUAGCUUGCCUCUAUUAAAUGAGGAGCUGUCAGGAGUUGAUAAUGCUGCAGACAGAUGGCCUCAUUCUCCUCUGAUAUAUACUGGGCUAAAAGUUUUAUAAAGAGGACUACUCUCCCCUUCCACCUGUAAGGGGUUAGAAGUGGAUGUAAGUGGCCCCGCUUCAGGAAUGGUUUCCGUCUUCAUUUGCUACAGCUAUAAUAUGGCGCUGAGGGAAUGAUAAGUAUCCCUAAAAUAACAUGACCUCCUAGGGACACUCAAAACCAGUAGAGAGAGAUGAAAUGCCAUGCUUUGGCUUGAGAUGCAUCUGAGUGCGAACCCUGGAUUCAAACACCUGCAAAUUUGGGGACGUUGGGAUCUAGAUUCAGAUCCACAUUUUGUGGCUUGGGAUGCUGCCUAGUUUUAACAUUGCUCCUGACAGAAACACCCCAUGCUGAAAUGGAGGUCCCUGUUUGUAACACUAACACUGUGUCACCCAGCAAUCAGGAUCAUCUAAUGAUGUUGUGCCAUUCUUUCCAGAUCUACUUUUCAGGGGAGAGGGAUGUUGCAAUUUUGAGAACCAUAAAAAUCAGCAAUCGGAAGCAGCAGCUUGCUUGGGCUCCUGGUUCAGAAUAGCUAGGUGCCAACUCAGAAAUCAUUCUAUUAACACCACUUGUGUCCACUUCUCGUGUCUCUUUCUCUCUGUGGAGCAGGAUUGACGUGGGAAUUGGGUGGAAGUUUUGCUUCUGUGCUUUCUUUGAAUUGUGCAUUAACUGCAACUAAAUGAAUAUGGAGCAUCACUAAAAGCACAAGUGACAUGCCUGGGAAAUGAAGUCCCUCUGAGCUGACCAUUAGCAGGGAAUAUAAAAAGAAAGGAGUAAUAUGAUCAUCUUCAUAGCUACAAGAAUUCAAGUGGUGUUGAUGCUGAUAGGAGAAAUCGUAACAUAUUUCCCUCACCUUGGUGCAUAGCUAUUCCUUCAUCGUUUGGCCUCCAGUGAUAGGCAAUUCAAAUAAAGCAUGGUGCAUUAAUUGAUAAUGAUCCAGGGGAGAAUGAAAACAGCCACCUAACAUGCAAUAUCCCAGCACUAACCAGGCUCUUAGCCCGAGUGAGGGCCUGAUAGAUACUUCCAGUUUGUGUAGGGGAAUUCCUUCAAGUACUAUCAGAUUACUUUGUGAUUGUUAUUAGAUUAAAAGCUAUGGGAUGAAAGCAGCUGUUCCCUUCUUUCUGCAUUCUGGCUAUCUCUGUGUGUCAGUAUAUCACAUGAUUUGUGUCUUCUGAACUGAAGUGUUGCUGAAAUUGCUCUGCAUCGACAUCAAUUUAUGUAAACCUGCCAAGUCUUUUUUAGUGAAAUAUUUGAUCAGCUCUGGCUUUUCAACACAAACCUCCCAGAGCCGUCCACAGUGGAGAAAAAGGUGGGGAAGGGGAAUCUCCCUUUCCAUUCUUUAAGCCCUGCGAGGGGGCAUCUCCUGUGAACCUGCAAUAGUUUUCCAGGGGUUAUUCUCUCAAAAGGAGCGUUCCCCCACUAAAUUUUGACAAAGUUGGAGGGUUUCCCUUUGAGCUCCUCAGACUUUUAUGGUUCUCAGACUUCUGAAGGCAUUGCUGGGGCUCCUCUCCAAACCUGAGCAAAUAGUGGUUGGAGGUUUGAAACUGCAAUAGCAUUUUUGGCCAGGGGUGGGGAGGGGGAGAGGAAGAGCUCUUGUUGAGAGCGAUCCAAAGGUCACCUCUGAAUGCAGCCACAAGCCUAUCACUUCCUGCCCCAGAAAUCUCUAGUUCUCCCUACUCGGCCCCUUCAUCCCACAGCAGCAGGUCACAGCACUCAAAAAUCUCUCUUUGUUUAUUCCUGGCACACAGAACUGUAGGCUAUGGUGGAUCAUUGGAUGCUUUUUUGCCCAUUUUGUGAGUCCUGCACAAAAUUAAGUUGAGAAUUAAUGGGACCCUGGAAUUAGGAAGAGGCUGUCCAAAUUACAUGAGAAGAUGGGCUUUUUGGUGAAGCCCUUUCCUCACAAGUCUUCUCUAGCUGAGGGCUUUCUGGUAGAGUGGAACACAUCAUAUGCAAUGAAAACUGGGGACUCCAAUGUAAAGGAGAACCGCUUCAAACCCACAAGGCCCCCUUUUCAAGUUAAACUGGGAAAACAGUGGAGAUCACCCUGACAGCUUCAGUGGGGUUAAGGAUGAGGGGAUAGAACUUAAAGGGUGGUCAGAAACUGUGUGAAGAAGUUAUGGCUUGCAGAAAUAAACCCUUAUUCAUUACUCUUUAGCAUUAAGCCUUCCUGGUGUUUUCCUUUGUCUAUAGAACUCCUUAAAGUCAAAAGAGUCCAGUUGGUUUCUUCCAGCCUUUGACUUCUUGAAUGCUGAAUGAGCCGCCUAUGAUGCAACUGUACCCACAGUUCUCUUAUUAAAUGUCUGACAAAGAGCUUCCUAUUUUCAAAAGCAAUUGCCCAUUUCAGGCUUUGGUGAAGACCGAAGAGGUGUUCCCCAAUCAAAGCCAGUUCAAAAGGCCAUUUACGGUUCUAAAUAGGAUAAGAGAAGUUUGCAGAGAGAAGGCUGCAGCUUUGAAUUCCAUGAGGUAAAGGUAAGAAAAUUUACAGCCUAUGCUUCCUAUCCAUACUUACCUUCCUGUAAUUAAUUAUACAGCCUGAAUCCCCUCAUCCUAAUCUGUCUGGCAACAAGAAUCUAUCUGGUUUCCCCCAGUGAAUCGUUACACUUUCAGUGUGGUAAUUAUGUGAUUCAUUCAGACUUUCCCGAUUGGAGGGGCUUUGACUCUUCAGAGAUUUUUUUUUUUGGUCAUCGAUGGGUCUUAACAGAAAAGCAGGAUACUACUAAUGCUUAGAGCUAGAAAUUGGCAAAUGAGGAUGUCACUAAGCAGGCACAACACCUUUCUAGAACAACAGUUUAUAGAAACUACAAAGAGUGACUCCAUGAUUCAAAAUGUAUCUUAAAAAAAUUGUGGCACCAAUCUAAAAUAAUAAAAAUAGAAAGGGCCCUUUCCCUUGUGUAAUGAAUUACACCUGGGCAAAGUGAGCACAAUGACUUCACCAGAUACAAGCCAGCAGAGAAUCAUGGCCAGCAACUCUAUUGUUUUAGAGCCAAGAGUAGUUAAGCAGAGUGCAAAACAUUCUUCAAAACAAAGGCUAAGAUCUCUGUCUCAGAGUGAUGUUCUCUUCUACCACCACCAAGUAAAGGGAAAACCAUAGUGGCCUGCCCUGUCCUUGCUGCAACUUCCUAGGAGAGGGAUCCAGUCAGAAGUGUUUGAACAUAGGAACCGGGGAUGGGGAGGAAAGGAGGAUGGUUUAUGUUGCUGCAAAUAAAAUAAAACCCUCCCAAUCCCUGUAGUUGUGGUAUUAAAAAUGUAAACGGGAAUGAACAUUAAAAUAACGAAUUACAGGCUGAAUAUUGCACUCAAUGAAUUUCUAAUUAUGUACAUAAAACCUUACCUUAUCUGAUGUCUUCUCAUGGGUUCUUUCCUUUUCCUUUUCUCUUUUGGUUUUUUUUUAAUUUGUAUAUUGAUUUUGUAAGCUAGCUGUGUGUUAUCUUUUUGAUAUUUUUCAAACUUGUAUGAAAGCCAUAUAUACACAUUAGAGGAUGAAAGCAUUAAUCCUGUAACAUUCCUUAAUGAUUCCCUUAACUUGGCAGGAUCGUGGGAGGUCCUAGAGAAUGUAUAUGUUUACUGAUUGUAUCAACAUAAUUUACUUGCUCUUAGUGGAGAUGAAGAUGUUAAAUAAACUAAUACACAGAG